AUGCCAUCUACACUUGUUUCUGGCGGUUGGUUUGUGGAAGAGUCGAAGUCAGUCCCACAAGUCGUUGCUACUGCGAAACCUAAACCACCAAAGAAAUCCAAGUCGGCAAAGAAAGCUGAAAAAGCAAAGCAAGCUGAUCAGUCAAAGGACCCUAAACAAUCAAAGGAGACAAAAAAACAAAAGGAAAAUAAACAAUCAAAGGAAACUGAUGUGUCAAAGGAAUCCAAAAAGCCUAAGGAAUCGAAAAAAAAGAACAAAAACAAAAAUAAAAACGAACCUAGUCAGCCAACGGAAGUUAAUCCGCCACAGGUCAAGAUGGCUAAGAACAACUCGAAAGUCAACACACAAUCCGCUGUUUCAGCCAUAAAGUCUGAAGAUGAGGAGCUCAGGAUACUCCAAUCGCACAUGGAGCUCCUAAGAACGUCGCAUACCGAGGUAAAAGUCAAUCAGAUCCAGGCAGCACCGAUAUUUACAGCGCCUGUAUUACGGCACUUUAGGGAUAAACUUGGUCCAUACGGAUUCCUUGCCGGAAUCUCGGGUCAGUUAGAUCAAAAUACCACGCAGGACCCGCGUGUGUUCUUCAACAUAUCUGCUCCCUCAAGUGCAUUUAUUUGCGGAUCCCAGGGGUCUGGUAAAAGUCAUUCGUUGUCGUGUUUACUUGAAAACUGUUUGAUGCAGUCGUAUGUGAGCGAGUUAGAGAGUCCUCUCGCCGCUUUGGUGUUUCACUACGACAAAUUUUCUGCUGAUGAUUGUGGCACUCCAUGCGAAGCUGCGUACCUUGCAUCAAAUCCGAACAUAAAAGUGAACGUACUGUGUUCACCGUCAAAUAUAGAGACGAUACGGCGAACUUACAGAGGCCUAAAUGUGCAAACCUCGGCACUUCGUAUAAAUGAAACAGAUUUGAACACACAAAGAAUGUUUGACUUAAUGGCUGUCAAUCCGGAAAAUGGAGUUCUACCACUAUACAUACAUUCAAUAAGUCGAAUUUUACGAGAGCUUCGCAUAGAGCAACAGGCAAUGAAUACACCUUUUAGUUAUAGCAAAUUUAAGAGGGGGAUCGAUGAAUGCAGCUUGACAUCAGCCCAGCUCGCGCCACUCCUGCAAAGACUUGACACCCUCGAGUCUUUUAUGCCUCCUUCACAAACGGCAUCUCACAGAGGCCAGAUACUGGUUGGUAGAUCACAAGAGAAAGCUAGCCUCGACACCUGGAAAAUCAAGCCUGGUACUCUCACAAUUGUCGAUCUAUCAUGCCCUUGCGUUACAGCAGAAUCAGCUUGUACGCUAUUUAACAUAUGCCUUGGGCUAUUCCUAGAGCAAAAGACUAAAGUUGGUCGAAUUAUCGCCCUGGAUGAAGCGCACAAAUAUAUGACUUCAACUUCAGAAGCCAUGACCCUCACCUCGUCGCUGCUAUCGUCUAUCCGACUCCAGCGUCAUCUAGGAACUAGAGUGUUUAUCUCUACACAAGAGCCUACCAUUUCUCCUUCACUUUUAGACUUGUGCUCUAUCACAAUUGUUCAUCGAUUCACUUCUCCGGAGUGGUUCAGAUGCCUCCGUCAACACCUGUCAGCCCUGGAUCAGGAUCAGAUGAAUUUAUACGGUGAUGAUGAUGAUGACAUCACCCGCCGUAAAGUAACUAGUUUGAAACAAAUACUCGCUGAAAUUGUCGACCUUGAUGUCGGUGAAGCUUUGUUAUUCUCCCCGAACGCAAUGGUAGGUAUCAAUAAUAAUCUUCUAAAUCAGCCAGGGGCACCCUCAAUAGCUGAAGCGGCGACAAGUCGCGCCCAGAAGCUUGGUAUGGGUUAUCUAAGACUAAAGAUUCGAAAUCGCUUGACACUCGACGGUGGAAUGAGUAUCUUGGCAAACUAA